GCUGGAGGAAUCCGGCUGCUGUGGACUUCACAGCAGCGGGGGACCGGUUUGGCGGAGACACAGGGCCGCUAGCAGGCCGCCGUGAUGCUACCCUCUUUGCAGGAGUCGCUGGAUGGGGACGAAAAGGAGCUAGAGAGCAGCGAGGAGGGAGGUUCUGCGGAAGAGCGGAGACUCGAGCCGCCGCCCAGCAGCCACUACUGUCUCUACAGCUACCGCGGAAGCAGAUUGGCACAGCAGAGAGGAGACAGCGAUGAUGGAAACCCAAGUGGUACCAAUGUGGAAACUCCCUCUGGUGAUGUCUUCAGCCUCUCUUUGGCGGAUACUAAUCUACCAUCUGAAGUGGAGCCAGAGCUGCGAAGUUUCAUUGCUAAGCGUCUUUCCAAGGGAACAGUCUUUGAAGGGCUCGGUAAUGUUGCAUCAGUGGAGCUGAGAAUUCCAGGUUACCGAGUUGGUUGUUAUUACUGCCUUUUCCAACAAGAAAAGCUGCUUCCUCAGUCAGCUACAGUGGGCUCUGAACAGAACCCUUCAGAGUAUGUGGUCUGCUUUUUGGGAGGGACUGAGAAAGGACUCGAGCUUUUCAGGCUUGAAUUGGACAAAUAUAUUCAAGGGCUGAAAAAAAGCAUGAAUUGUGAGGAGAGGGGCCUGGAGACUCAAAUCAAGUCCUAUCUGAGCAGCUGGUUUGAGGAUGUUGUGUGCCCAGUCCAGAGGGUUGUUCUUCUCUUUCAGGAGAAACUUACCUUUCUUCUCCAUGCUGCUCUGAGUUAUACUCCUGUUGAGGUUAAAGAAUCAGAUGAAAAAACCAAGAGGGACAUUAACAGGUUUCUGAGUGUGGCCAGUCUUCAAGGACUCAUUCACGAAGGCACCAUGACGUCACUGUGCAUGGCCAUGUCAGAGGAGCAGCAUAAAUCUGUGGUCAUUGACUGCAGUAGCUCCCAGCCUCAGGUCUACAAUGCAGGAAGCAACCGAUUUUGUGAGGAUUGGAUGCAGGCUUUUUUAAAUGGUGUUGAAGGGGGUAACCCGUUUCUUUUCCGACAAGUACUGGAAAACUUUAAACUAAAGGCCAUACAAGACACAAACAAUUUGAAGAGAUUUAUCCGGCAGGCAGAAACGAAUCAUUAUGCUUUGUUUAAAUGUUACAUGUUCCUAAAAAACUGUGGUAGUGGAGAUAUCCUUUUGAAGAUUGUUAAAGUGGAACAUGAAGAAAUGCCUGAAGCCAAAAAUGUGGUAGCAGUCCUAGAAGAAUUCAUGAAAGAAGCUCUUGCCCAAAGUUUUUGAUCAAGUUUUGAGAUGACUGUGAAGUUGUAUAUUCAAGUUGUGGUGUUUGAAAUUGCAAUAGUUCUAAUUGUUCAUAGGACGACUAUUUAAGAUUAUUUGAAACAUACCAGAUUUACUUUUUACUUUUAAAUUUUAACUUAAUUAAACAUAGAAAUAGGAGGAACAUCUUUACUGAGUCAUAGGUGGGUAUAUGUGUUGAUUUUGAAUUUUAGCUGUGUAUGAUGAUUCAUUUCUGUAAUGUGAGUGCUUAGGAGGCUGAAGCAGGAAGAUGAUCCCAUCAAGUCGAAGGCCAGCCUAGACUACAUAGUGAGUUCAAGGCCAGCCUGAAGUACAUAUGGAGACCCGGUCUCAAAACUAUUUGCAUUUUAGACUUUUGAUUGUCCCAUAAAUUAUAAACUUCAGAAAUUUGUUGCCUAAAAAAUGUCAGAGGUGGUUUUGUGACUUCUGUGAACGCCUCCCGAUACUUUUUUUCUUUUGUCUGAUAGUUGGUAUGGAUGAUGAAGCCAGCUUUUAGGUUAAUAUGCAAAUAAAUCAUGGUUGUAUAAGAAAGUAAAUGAACUUUCAAAAUAGAUGCACGAGCUUCAGGAUACAACAUUCUCUGGGAGGCUGCUGCAGAAGACGGCCUUACAUUGCUUUUCUUCAUUUGUUUGCUCAUGGGUAUCUGUCUAGAGCCUGUUUUCUAUUUUUCUUUUACAUAAAUUUUAUGAGGAAACUAGCAAAGAAUGCAAACAGAUUCUUUGCACAUCAGUACUCAUUUCUCAUUGAUUUUAGUUUUUUGUACAUUUGUUACAAGUCUGAUUGUUUUUCUCCUAAUCAAUUCAAAGUGCCCUCAAAUAGCCUCUGCAAUUCCCAUGGAAGCCAGCUACAGCUACACACACCUUUCUUCUGCAUAGCCCUCUACUAAAUUCACUUGAGAACGAUCUGUUUAGAAGAUCAGGAGUCUGACGUUCUCGGUGCCUUCAGGAUGCUCAGAGAGCCCACGCCCACAGACUGAGGAGCGCGCUUCAUGGCUGCACAUUCACACAAAGUGCUGAGCUGUGACUUAGGGACAUGACUCACCAGACUUUUGUUUUCCUUUAAUGAGAAAUACAAUUCAGGAUCCUCAUGAAUGCUUUCAUAGGACUUUAAAGUUUAAUAACCUAGAUUAUAGGCAGUAUAGAAAAAAGUCUUUUAUAGUAUUCAGCAUGGCUGGAAAAUCAGCAGUUUUAUGAUACAGUCCUUGAGUCUGUCUUUUUGUACACUCUGUUGCCCACUUGGAAAACAAUUUUUUUAAGUAGCAUAAUGAUAUCAACAUUUUGAGUCUUGAAAAGAAAUUUUCCCUUUCAAAUUCAUAAUAUCAUUCCAAAGUCCACAUUGUAGAUGGUAUUUAAAAGUAAAUUGUUACUCCCUGCUUCAAUUUAUUUACAGAUAUAGGCAAGGGUUAACGUGAUCUGUUUAUAAAUAUAUUUUUGUAAUGUAGACUCAAUACAUAAUUGUACACAGUAGACUUAAUUAAGAAAUAAGUCUGACAAACUCAGUAUCACUGUUGUAAACAAGGAAAAAGGUAUCAUGGAACUGAAUAUCUUGUUGAUCACAGAGCCCAUGAUCAGCAAUGUACUGUAUUCAAAUUUUAAUAAGCUAAUUACUAACUUUUAAAAAAGUUUAAGAAGGAUUUGUUCAGUGAUGGGUGUGGUAGCACAUGCUUUGCUCCCAGCACUUUGAGAGGCUGAGGUAGGACUACAACUUCAAGUCCUGUCUGAGCAAUACAGAAAUGCUCCCUGAAAGUAUAGUUUUCCUAUGCUUUUCUUUCCCCCUCCGGUACCGGGAAUAAAACUCAGGAUCUUGCACUUGCAAGGCAGGAAAGGC